GAUGGCGGCUCCCAUGGCUGCUCCCGUGGCCGCGGCCGCCGCCCGGGCCCUGCGCUGGGGCUGCGGGGCCGCCGCGACCGCACCGCUCCGGCCGCGAACAGGCUGCCUCCCGGGGAGCCGCUGGAGCGGGAACUGGGCGCUGGGAGCGGGAGCGGCGCUGGGCAGGAUCCUGAGCGUCCCGGCCCGCUGGAGCGGGAACAGCUCGGCGCUGGGCAGUCUCCUGGGCAUCCCCGCCGAGGCACCGCCCGCCCCCCUGGGCCAGCACCCGCCGCCCGUGGCCACCAGCAAAGAGGAGCAGAAGCGGCUGUUGCAGCACCGGCCCGACCAGCCCCAGAACCCCAAGGUGCUGAGGAUCGCCAUCAUCGGCGCCCCUAACGCCGGGAAAUCCACGCUCUCCAACCAGCUCCUGGGCAGGAAGGUUUUCCCAGUCUCCAAGAAGGUUCACACAACCCGGUGCAAAGCCAGGGGGGUCAUCACACACGAGGACACUCAGCUGAUCAUUCUGGACACACCUGGCCUUACUAAUCCAUUAAAAGUCAAAAGACAUAAUUUAGAGAAAGCCAUGCUGACAGACCCGUGGGACAGCAUGAAACAUGCGGAUUUAGUUCUGGUUUUGGUGGAUGUGUCGGAUCACUGGACAAGGAACGCUCUGAGCAAGGAGGUGCUGAAGUGUCUGUCACAGUUUCCCCACAUCCCCAGUGUCCUGGUCCUGAACAAGGUGGACAUCCUGAAGAAGAAGUAUCUCCUGCUGGACAUAGUAACUGACCUAACAGAGGGAAUUGUAAAUGGAAAGAAACUGGAAGUGAAAUCUGCGUUUAAAAGUGAUUCCAGUUCUUCAGCCAAGCCUCCUCUUCAAAUCACUCAGGCUUCUCCUGCUGGGAGCAGGGCCCCAGGGUCUCCCUGUCGUCAGGGAAUGGAUCAGGCCCAGGAAGGCUCUGGUUUGGACAACAGCAGGGGUGUGAGGGAUGCCAAAUCCAGCCCUGUCACAGAGGAAGCCCAAGGGCCAAAGCAGUAUGGACACAAGGAUCUUAAAGAUAUGAAAGGCUGGCCAAACUUCCAGGAGAUCUUCAUGCUGGCAGCUCGCCGUGGGGAGGAGGUGGAUACCCUCAAGCAAUACCUCCUGAUGCAAGCCAAGCCAGGCCCCUGGGAGUUCCACAGCGACGUCCUGACCAGCCAGUCACCUCAGGAGGUCUGUGACAACAUCAUCAGGGAGAAGGUCCUGGAGUACCUGCCCUUGGAGGUGCCCUAUGGCGUGACUCAGGUGACAGAGAUGUGGGAGGAAGGAGAGUGUGGGGAGCUCCUCAUCGUGCAGAACCUCUUGGUCCCAAGGAAGUCUCAUAUGAGGAUGUUGAUUGGAAAAGGAGGUGAAGUCAUCAGCAAGAUUGCUCAGGAGGCUGGGCAGGACCUGAUGAACGCUUUCCUGUGCGACGUCCGCUUGAAGCUCAGGGUGGAGGUGAAGAGUUGAGUGUUUUGAGAGCCGCUGAACUCUCUGAUCAUGUGGAGAAACAGAUCCCUGUGUUCCCCUGUGGGUAUCUUGUCCAGAAACAGAGGAUGAUGGAAUUAAUACAGUGGGCUGAAGUGGAAUAUGUAGUUCUUCGAGAGAAUGGCCCAAACUGAAAAUAAAUCUUCAGACCCUCUACUGCACCUGGCCUUGUGGAAGCUGGGAUGGACAUCAGAGAACCAGCUGCACUCAUGGUUCUAGUACUGCAUUUACAGAGCUGCCAUCCACUUCUUUUGGGCUGUGUCUUGCAUUCUUGGUCACAGGUUUUUAUACCUGGAAGUUCAGGACCAUCUCCUGUCUUUUAGCAGACACAGGGUUGCAGUGAAGGAUGAUUAGCACACCUUUGUCUUCCCUUCUCAAGGCUGAACCACUCCAGUGUGAUCACACAGGAGGAACAGGCUACCCCAGCCCACACUAUGGUUUUACAUUGGCUUUGCUCCCUGCCCUGUUGAAGUUCAUGGGUGUAGGGGGUCAGUUUAAAGAAUUUACUGGCAGCUGAAACAUCUGUAAUGCCUGAAGGGCUUGUCUGUCAUGCAAAACCAGCGUGGACCCCCUUUUUAGGAAUUUGAAUACUUCAAUUUGAAUACUUCCCCAGAGUUACUUCAAAGCCCUUUUUCUUGCACCAGGGCUGCAGAUACAAACAUAGAAGCUGUUGCAGCUAAAGAAAAGCCCAAAGUGGGAACAGCAGCAGGUUCUGCAGCCUGGGGGGUAACAGGGUUUGGGGAUGGAGAGUAGCUGGCAUAGGUGAGGCUGGAGGAGCAGGGCUGGGCUGGUGAGAGAGAUGCUGUUACCAUUCUGAGCUGCUGAAGGAUUCUGGAAUGUGAGAUCAUCUGAAAACCAGGUUGGAAAGCCUCCACAGAGUGUCCCUCCUUGUUUCCUGAGAUGUAGGGGCUGCUGUGGUCCCUCGAAUGCUGCUCUCCAACUUUUGUAUUUUCCUUGGAAUAAAAUGAGGUCCCAGCACAA